ACAUUGAGUGACUCCCUAUCGGUCACAGUUGGCAAACUUUUCAAUUAGACCACGAUUUCAGCUGCAUUUCAAUGAGUUUAAAAAGGAUAAAAUUAGUGGCUUAGAGACAAGUCUGUCUAGACGGGCAGCUUAUCUAAAAUGUUUGUCAAACACAGUAUGUGCAACCAUGUUACUGUUUGAUAAUCAUGUUCCACACAAGCUGUUUAUUUGUGAAUUAUAGUUACCUCAAUGUAUUGUUCUUACAAUGGUGUUAUGUACUAUAUUCUGUCAUUCUGGCCCUGAUCUCUUUGAAGCUCUUUUUGCCCAUUUGGGUGACUUCAUGAUCAAAAUAAUCAGUUAUUUUAGUUAGGUUAGUAGUUAUUAAUUUGUCACUGUCCACGAUGUGGAAAUUGUCUUUGUCUUUAUGGCAUCAGCAGACAUGACAAAUAAGACAGUCAAUCAGGGCAUGAUUUGACAUUAGGUUUCUGAGAUAGUUUAGUUUAUUUUUAAUGACCCUCCUCCCUUUGUUUAUAUAUGUACAUAAAGACUGUGAACAAUACUUACAAUCUGGUUGUUAUAAAAUGUCGAAUGACUGUUCAGUUAUACUCCCUGUUAAUUAGUUUAGAUUCAACCAUUGUUAUUCAUACUAAAGUUUGAUGUGGACAAUAGGGCUGCAACUAACGACUAUUCUGAUAGUCGAUUAGUCAUCGAUUAUUGAAACGAUUAAUCGACUAAUCGGAUUAUGAAUGACAAAAAUUCUCAAUUGCUCCUAUUUAGCAGCAACAGCUUUUAAAUUUAGCUUGAGGUUCGAGGCAUGCGAUGACUGAAAAUAAAGACAUAGAGAUCGAUACUUCAUUAAAAAAAAAGCGUCUUUUAAUAAACUUUGGUGCAUAUAAGGGUACUGUUGACACAAAAGCAAAGAAAUCAAGUUUUUGUCCAUUUAAAACCAAGGACAGGCAAAGUUACGGUGGCCCUGAAAGCUCAACGAACAGCAACUUAAGAAAACACAUGUAAGUUGACAGAACACCUGCAAAGUAAAAAAACAUCUUCAUCAAUUUCACAACACAACACAACACAUUACAGCAACGCGCUGCAAAAAGAGAAAAGCGCUGCAAAUACCGGAACGAGCUGCAAAUAGAGAAACGCGCAGCAAAUACCGGAACGCGAUGCAAAUACCGUAACGUGCUGCAAAAAGCCAAACGCGCAGCAAACACCGGAACGCGAUGCAAAUACCGUAACGUGCUGCAAAAAGCCAAACGCGCAGCAAACACCGGAACGCGAUGCAAAAAGCCAAACGCGCAGCAAGAAGAGGCCACAACACAACGGAAGUGUUUCCAGGGGACACCUAAAAGUGAUGGACACGCCCGGAUGUUGUUGCUGCAGCUGUAUGGAGUUUCUAAAGCCGGUGUCCGUCUACUACGUGAACGUUAACUAAACUGUAAGUUUUUUUGGUUUAUUUUCAUAAAUAAUCACUUUAUUACUGUAUACUGUUAACCCCCGAGACGUAUACGAUCUCAAGUAGCAUGUCUUUCGGAGGAAUGCCUCCUCAAUUGUAUGAGCUCGAAACAUGCCGUCUUUUCCUGUUAACCUGAAGAAACAGCGCUAAAAAGACAGCCCCUGUUUAAGAAUAAUUUACAGCACUUAGCAUUCACAUUCUUCAUUUUCUCCAGGCAAUGUAUUGUCCAUAUUGUGGAAACCAAUUGGUUGGACGUAGUGGACGUUUUUGUGGCUCCUGUGGCAGCAACAUUGAGUUUUUGUCACCUUUUGCAGAAGAUGGACCCAUAUUGGAUGAAGUCACGGAGACAGGCCUCAUCCAAAAAUAUUUCUCAGACGGUCACACAUACGAGGUGAUCCUAGAUUUUCUUGGAAAAAAGCACAACAUUUUUAUGAAUCUCAGCACUUUAAAGAGGAGGCUAAAGGAAGCAGGCCUAACUAGGAGGACAAAUUAUACUCCCAUUGCCACUGUGCAGGCAACUGUUGCACAGGAACUGAGAGGCUCUGGUCAGCUGUUAGGUUACAGAGCCAUGUGGCAGACAUUGCAACAGAAGUAUCACCUGACAGUUAAAAGAGAUGAUGUUAGGCAAACCAUUGCCAGACUGGAUCCAUCUGGAGUUCAACUUCGCUCUAGGCGCAGGUUUGUCAGAAGAGGAUACUUCACAGAGGGACCAAACCAAGUGUGGCAUGCUGAUGGGUAUGAUAAAUUGAAACCCUUUGGUAUUGCCAUCAGUGGCUGCAUUGAUGGCUUCUCAAGGAAAGUAAUGUGGCUCAUGAGUGGCAGCACUAAUAACGAUCCAGGGAUCAUAGCACAGUAUUAUAUGCAGUGUGUAUCUGAGUUUGGACAACUCCCAGCCCGCCUUCGCACAGACUGUGGAACUGAAAAUGGCACUAUGGCAGCAAUGCAUUGUGCAUUAAGAUCUCAGCAUACAGAUGACUUUGCAGGAUCCCUCAGUCACAUGUAUGGCACCUCAACGGCAAACCAACGAAUCGAGAGUUGGUGGUCUUUCUUCAGAAAGCAAAGGACUCAGUUCUGGAUUGAUGUCUUCAGUGACCUGAGAGAGAGGCACCUUUUCAACGGCAGCCAUGAGCACAAGUGCCUCAUACGGUAUGUCUUCCUGGCCGUCUUGCAGAAAGAGCUUGAUGAGUACAGACAACUUUGGAACAACCACACCAUCCGACCUGUUCGUCAAUCUCGUUGUCCAUCGGGUAAACCAGAAGCCAUGUACCACCUGCCUGACAGGUUUGACGGAAGGGAAUGUGGAUUCCCAGUGUCCCAGGAAGCCCUACACCAGUUUGAUGACCUACUGCCAGCUCCGCGCAGUCUGUGUGGUGAUGUUGAUCUCCAAAGUCAUUUUGCAGACUUGGAGAGACAGAGUGGGCUUGCUCUACCAGUCAACUGGACAACUGCUGUUGUGAAUUACAUAUCACUCAAGAAUAUGUCUGGACUUUAGAAUCUUCAGCUCCUGGUUCUGCAACAUAAUUUGACUGGUAGACAUACGUGUUAUGUAAAUAAAUUAUUGUAAAAAUAACUAA